AUGAACUCUUCUCUUCUUACCAGUGAACACAUAGUAGUCAUGAGCAGUAUAUCCGAUCUGAAAUGUGAGGGCGUUAGAAGUCCUUUACAAGUCAGAAUCAUCCGCAACUGGAGGCAUGAUGUUCGUCGGUACGAGACAUGGUACUUAGCUGUUGACAGAUUUUGGCAACGAACUUCCAAUAAACCUAUGGAUGGAAUGCAUUACAGUCCCACAAAAUUCAACCGUGAUGUACUCAUCCCACUGCCCGCCAUUACGGUUGUUGCUGUUACAAAUCUAAAACCUUCUGUUUCUGCUAGUAGUCCACUUGUGCCUUGA